AUCAACGAAAGGCAUCAAAUAAAUUUAAUUACUAUGAGCGUCAUUAAAUUGGGUUAAAGCGCACUCAAUGUAAUCAAAAGUAAACUUAAUGAGCGAGUUUUUAUCUAUUGCAAUGACAUUAAUAAUGAGUAAAUUGAGUGAAUGAAGUGAGUUGAGUGGAAAAUAAAUGAUUAUACUAAAGUGAAAUACAUAUACAUAUUUACAUCAGUGCUGGUGUACCCAGCAGAAGUCGUAAUUGUAAAUAGGCGCACCUACUUCGAUUUUUUUUUAGUUUGUUUUCUUCACUUGAUCGGAAAAUUGUGCCACUUAAGUGCAAUCACAACUUCAACCCCAUAAAAAUUAUUGCAUGCAAUAAAUACUUCUGCUGAAAGUGAAAUCGUGCACGAAUGGAUUUUAUAUUUUGGUGCAACUACAAAAGGCUUUAAUAAGUUUUUAGUUGAUAGUACAUCCAUACAUACUACUCGGUGUUUGGCGUUCACACGGUGCAGUUGGAGUUUUCGAAGUCAGUUAAAAUUUGUAAAGCCACGCGCAAAGCCAAAUAUAACGAUUGAGUCAUUUGAAACGUUAAAAGUUCAACAUGGUGGCAAUUAAUGGUAGAAACAAAGCACUGACCAGCUAAUAUACACUCAGCGACUUGCGUUCGUAAGCACAAGUGACCAUAAAACCAGUCUUGAAACAGGCUUUGCGUCGUGUAAACACAUGUAACAAAGACCGCAGAUUGAUUGAUUAAAUAAAGAAGAAGAAAAAAAAACAGUUAUAGAAAAACAUACAAUUAUGGCUGCAUUAAUGAAAUUCUUAUCACUUUUACAAAAUCCCAGCGAGAUCGAGUCCGAGGAGAAGCAUUCGGAAAAUAUAUAUGAAGACAAGAUAAUAUUUCCAGAUUUCAAAACUGGACCAUUAACAAAGUACCGUCAACUUUCAACAUUUUGUUACAAACGCAUGAAUGUCCUACUGGAGGGUGAGGAACAUAUCCGAUUGAAGCACCGGGUGUGGAACUUUAUGGAGAAGCAUCCUGAUUUUCAACAUGAUUUGGAAACGCCCACACUUGAACGUCAACGCCAACAGGCGAAUAAACGUUGUCAAUUGCUCUGGGACCAACAGUUCUAUGGAUUGCAUGAUUAUGCAGCCGCACCUCAUCUCUCACUAGCCAUGGCGCAGGGCAUGUUUUCUUAUGAGUCCAGCUUUUCCAUUAAGUACUCGCUUUCGAACGGCAUGUUUCCGAGCACAAUACUGUCCUUGGGUACUGAACGAUUGGCGAAAUAUGCCGCGAAAAUAGCAAAUAAUGAGAUUUCCGGUGCUUUUGCGCUCACUGAAAUGUCACACGGUACGAACACUCGGGGGAUGCGAACACGUGCCACUUACGAUGCGAAGACACGCGAGUUCAUUAUACAUACACCAGACUUUGAGGCUGCAAAAUGUUGGGUUGGCAAUUUGGGCAAGACUUGCACACACGCAAUUGUCUAUGCGCAGUUGUAUGUGCCAGACGAUACAUAUCAAGGUUUGAAUGCGUUCCUAGUGCCAAUACGUAACGAACGUACGCUCUUAUCUUAUCCUGGUGUGACUGUUGGCGAUUUGGGCGAGAAGGUCGGCUUGAAUGGCAUUGAUAAUGGUUUUGUUAUGUUCAACGAAUAUCGCAUACCUGGCGAAAAUUUACUUUCGAAAACUGGUGAUAUCGAUGAAAAAGGCAAUUAUGUAAGUAAAGUAAAGGAUAAGCGCAAACUUUUGGGUGCCUCAUUGAGUUCAUUAUCAGCUGGACGAGUAAAUAUCUGCUCGCUGGCGUAUGUAGCACUCAGCAAAGCUAUCACAAUUGCUACUCGUUACUCUGCAUGCCGCAAACAAUUCGGACCCGAAGACAGCAGCGAAGAAUGGCCUGUAAUCGAAUAUCAAUCACAGCAGUAUCGUCUGAUACCACACUUGGCGACAGCCUAUGCCUUACGUAUUUUCACCAUGUGGAUUGGCACGGCUAAUGUUGACUUGACUUUCCGCACAUUUAUGGGUGAGGACACCUCUAGCAAAGGGAUGGAAAUACACGCCGUCUCUUCGGCCGCAAAACCGGUUUGCUCAUGGGCGGCACGCGAUGGUAUACAAGAAUGUCGUGAAGCGUGUGGUGGUCAUGGCUACCUGAAAGUGGCUGGGUUAGGCGAACUUCGGAACGAUAACGACGCCAAUUGCACAUACGAGGGUGAGAAUAACACGCUCAUACAGCAAGCAUCUAAUUGGUUAAUAAGUUUGCGGCGCAAUGGCGCAAACUUUAAUGAUGUCUCUCCUAUGAACACCGUGACCUUCUUGCAAGAUAUGGACUCGAUUUUGCGCACAAGAGCGACAGAACGAAACGUGGAGCAAGUGCUGCAACCGGAUAAUCUUUUAAAGGCCUUAAAUUGGCUAGUAGCCUACCAAUUAGACACCACUGUACGUCGCUUUGAAAGUUUGAAAAAGGAAGGCCAAGAUGCUUUCGAAACUCGCAACAACAUACAAGUUUUCAAUGCACAACAGUUAUCCAUAGUCUAUGCGCAGCGCACAAUUUACUACAUUUUCCAUCGCUUCCUCGAUACUGCGGCGCCUUCGAAUGAGCGAAAUGUUCUACGAAAACUUUUGUCUUUCUAUGGAGCGGAUUUGAUCACCAAACAUAUUGGUAUAUUUUAUCAAGGUGGCUAUUUCGAGGAUAGAGCGCAUGCCGAUCUUUAUCAGCAAGGCAUUUUGGACUUAUUGCCAGUGCUAAAGAAUGAGGCGGUAUCGCUCGUCGAUGCAAUCGCACCCACCGACUUUGUACUCAAUUCGCCGCUGGGCAUGAGUGAUGGCAAUAUUUACCAGCAUUUGCAAGCCGCAAUCGUACAAGCGCCGGGGGUUUUCGAAAGACCUCACUGGUGGCGCGAUGUUACAUAUAAGGAGUUUUUGCAGAAGUCAAAAAUGUAG